AAUAUAAAUCAAAACUGAUUGAUUGAUUGCUCAAUUUGGUUUGCAUUAAAGCUCUUACGUCCCUAAAAUCUCCUCUUUCGCAAGGACUUCUUUCCGCUACAUUCGCCUGCCCUUUAUCCUUCUCUCUCUCUCUCUCUCUCUCUUCUGCGAAUUCCUCCAUUUUCGAGCUCCAUAUUUUGUUAGCCGUUUCACAUCCAUUUUUCCAAAGAUCCUUCCUUUUUAGCAACUAAUUCUUCAGCCAUUAUAUUUAUUUUUCGUUUUUGUUUUGAACAUCUGUACGGACACUCGUUAAUUCUGGGCGCUUCCACUGUUCACGAGGUAAAUCUCUUCCCAAGAGCGUCCAGAAAAUAAAGUAGAUUUUCUUCUUUAAUUUGGAUGAAAGGAGGAUUCUCUGGAUUGAGGGGUAGAGAACUCUCUCUAAUUACUAUUGUUCUUAUGUGCACAGCCUUUCUUUUUUGGGCCUGGGAGAAAACGCCCCCUCUCACUAACUUGAUGCCGCCGGAAACCCGGUUGAGGCUGUCUCCAGAUGAUCUUGUGAGUAAGCCUGUAGCCAGCUUAUUGUCGCCGAAAUCAAAAGGUAUAUCAUCUUUUGCAGAAAAAGUGAUUGAACAGGUAGCAGCUCCUCUGAUUUCUUCACAAAAAUCAUCCGAAGGGAGUGUGAUUAAGAGCAAUCCAGUAACCACCACAGAUUGGAAUGUAGAAAUCCUCACAAGUCUAUCAGAAAAAGAAGCAAAAGGCAAACAGAUUCAGGAACCACAAACAUAUGUUGUUGCACAAGGUCCUACAAUUCCAACAGAAGUAGAGGCAAAUCAUAAAAAAAUGAUAGAACAAGUUUCAGAACAACUAGAAGUGGAUAUGGUAGCACAAGUGGGUAUAGAAAACCGAGAUUGUAACUAUGCAAAAGGAAAAUGGGUUCCGGAUGAUAACCGGCCGUUAUACUCUGGAUUUGGUUGUAAGCAAUGGUUGUCAGGGAUGUGGGCUUGCCGGUUGAUGCAACGAACAGAUUUUGCCUAUGAGAAGCUUCGGUGGCAGCCUAAAAAUUGUCAAAUGGAACAAUUUGAAGGGUCUAAAUUCUUGAGAAAGAUGCAAGGCAAAACUCUAGCUUUUGUUGGAGAUUCAUUGGGCAGGCAGCAGUUCCAGUCUUUGAUGUGCAUGAUCACAGGUGGUGAGGAGAGGCAUGAUGUCAUAGAUGCGGGUAAGGAAUAUGGACUAGCCCAAGCUCGUGGUGAUACUCGCCCUAGUGGCUGGGUGUAUCGGUUCCCGAGCACCAAUACAACCAUCCUCUACUACUGGUCAGCAAGCCUCUGUGAUGUGGAACCCAUUGAUAAGUCAAACCCAAACACUGAUUAUGCGAUGCAUCUUGAUAGGCCACCGGCAUUCUUGCGUCAAUAUCUUCACAAAUUCAAUGUUCUAGUACUCAAUACAGGCCACCAUUGGAAUCGAGGAAAGCUUAAGGCUAACAAGUGGGUUAUGCAUGUUGGGGGUGUGCAAAAUACCGAUCGGAAGUUAGCAAUGAUUUGGGUAGCCAAAAACCUCACAAUUCAUAGUGUUGUUAAUUGGGUGAACUCACAGCUUCCAAAACAUCCAGGGUUGAAAGCCUUCUACAGAACCAUCUCACCUAGGCAUUUUGUUGGUGGGGACUGGAACACAGGAGGGAGCUGUGACAAUACCAUCCCUAUGUCAGUGGGAAAAGAAGUAUUACAAGAUGAGUCCAGUGAUGAGAGUGCUGCGAGUGCAGUGAAGGGAACUGGGGUUAAGCUAUUGGACAUAACGGCUCUUUCCCAUCUUAGAGAUGAGGGUCAUAUAUCCCGGUUUAGCAGAACCGCCAGUCCAGGAGUGCAGGAUUGCCUGCAUUGGUGUCUACCUGGUGUUCCUGAUACGUGGAAUGAAAUCCUUUUUGCACAAAUUUAGUCCAGCGGAAUAGUUGCAGAAGAAUACUGCAGUGUGCCUUGAAAAAGUUCAGCUCCUCCUUCAUCUGGCUUGGAUAUAGAGCACCAAUCAAAUAUUCUCAAUUCCAUGCUAUUCCAAUGAUGCAUGUAACAUGGGAUGGU